GACGAGCCUGUAGAAAACAAAGCCAAUGGGACAUAAGUUGAGGAAGCUUAAAGGCCAUAAAUCAGGCAUCCGUAUUAUUUGACCGCCUAAAUGAGGUCCACCCAAAAAUUAAAUUCACCAUGGAAUACGAACAUAACGAUGAGUUCAAUUUCCUAGACCUAAAUGAAAAAAAGAAGAAACGAUAGAACGGUCGAAAAGUCCAUCUACAGAAAAGAAACUUGGACCGAACAAUAGCUUCACUACAACAGCUUCUGCCCUAUGAGCUAUAAGCGGGGAUUAGUAAGGACACUGUAUGACAGGGCCAGGAAGUUAUGUUCGCCUAACAAGGUAAAAGAAGAAUUAGGCUUUGUUGAAAAAUGCCUUAAGGGAAACGGGUAUCCAAAAGGAUUUAUCCUAAAGUACAGCAAAGAAAGAGAUGAGAAAGAGAAGUAUGCAACAAUUGAAAAGAAGAAAGUGUUCAUUUGCCUCCCCUACAAAGGAGAAACAGUAUCGCAAAAGAUUGAAAAGAGGAUGAAGGGAGCAAUAAAGAGAUGCUUCCCUGCAGCCAAUCUGGUGACACUAUAUACAGUACUACAUGCUCUAUGAGGCAACUGAAACUGGAUAAGUACUCUGCUGGUGUUACCUCCAACUGCAUUUAUGAAUUUACGUGUACCUGCGGCAGCAAGUACAUUGGAAGGACUGAAAGAAGGGCUUCUAUCAGGUUUUCAGAGCAUAUUCCAAGAAACUU